AUGUCCGUCGCCGUGGUUGACGACGAUGGCGCCAUCCGCGGAAUCGACACUGGCCAUGUCAGGCCCGAGGCGAAACGCGCCACCGAGGCCGAACACAAGAUGAGCUUCCGGCAGAGUCUGCGGACCUACCCGCAUGCCGUGGGCUGGUCGGUCCUCUUCUCGACUGCACUGGUGAUGGAGGGUUACGACAACGCCCUCAUCGCCACCUUAUUCGCGUAUGGGCCCUUUCAGCGUACCUUCGGCAACCGGCUGGCCGACGGAUCCUAUCAGAUCACAGCUGCGUGGCAGUCGGGUCUCACAAAUGGUGCCUUGGUGGGUGAGAUUCUAGGCUUGUUCGCGACGGGUAUUGUGGUGGAGCGAUUCGGGUACCGCAAGAGUCUCAUCGGGGCGUUGAUGGCCUGUGUGGCUUUCAUCUUCAUCAUCUUCUUUGCCAAAUCCUUGCCGGUUCUGCUGGUCGGCGAGAUUCUCAUUGGCAUUCCUUGGGGUCUGUUCCAAACCGUCACCACGACCUAUGCAUCCGAGGUGUGCCCCGUGGUGCUACGUCCAUAUCUGACCACCUAUGUGAACCUCUGCUGGGUCAUGGGUCAAUUCAUCGCCUCGGGUGUUCUCAAAGCCAUGCAGGAUCGGGACGAUCAGUGGGGCUACAAGAUCCCCUUUGCUCUACAGUGGAUGUGGCCGAUCCCCAUCGCCAUUGGCAUCGCUCUUGCACCUGAAUCCCCUUGGUGGCUCAUUCGCAAGGAGCGUCCCGAAGAUGCUCGCCAUGCGCUCCAUCGCCUCACCGUUCCCGGCCGAGACCCGAACUUCAACGCCGACGAGACCAUCGCCAUGAUCCGCAGCACCAACGAACUCGAAAAGCGUCUGACAGCCGGUACCAGCUACCUCGACUGCUUCUGGGGCGUGGACAGACGCCGGACGGAAGUCGUGUGUCUCACCUGGGCUACCCAGAUGGUCAGUGGAAGUUCCUUGAUGGGCUACUCAACCUACUUUUACGAACAAGCCGGCAUGGCACCCAGCAACGCCUUCACAAUGACCAUGGUCCUCUACAUCCUCGGUGCCCUGGGCACACUCAGCUCGUGGCCCCUGAUGACUCGAUUCGGUCGCCGCACCCUCUAUGUCGGCGGUCUGGCCUGCAUGGGAAUUCUCCUUCUCAUCAUCGGAUUUCUGGGCAUCAUCUCCCGAGAGAACGUCGCCGCCCAAUGGGCCGUCGGCUCUCUCCUCCUCAUCUACGCCUUCACGUACGAUGCCACCGUCGGACCGAUCUGUUACUCUCUUGUAUCCGAACUCAGCUCCACCCGUCUCCGUACCAAAACCAUCGUUCUCGCCCGCAACCUCUACAAUGUGUGCGGUCUCAUCACCAACAUCAUCACGCCACGGAUGCUCAACCCGUCUGCGUGGGACUGGGGUGCCAAGGCAGGGUUCUUCUGGGCGGGUAUUUGCUUGAUCUGUUUUACGUGGACUUACUUUCGUCUACCGGAGCCUCAGGGCCGCACCUACGCGGAGCUAGACUUGCUGUUUGAACAGCAGGUCCCGGCGCGCAAGUUUAGCUCGACUCGGGUGGAUCCGUUUGCCAGCGAUCGCGCAAGCUCAGUUGGAACAAAGUCGGAGAUGCCAAUCACGGAGACGGUAGAGAAAAUUGACCUCUGA